AUGGAUGAAGUAAUCCAAGUCGACAGAAAUUUCCCCUUGUUUUCUAGAAAAAAACCAGCUGCUACCACCACCGUAAAAUCCCUACCUUCCGGUGAAACAGAUGUUCUUUCUGCACCAAAAUCAGUCAUAAAAGAAUCAGACCCUGCUCCUGCUGCUCCAAAAUCAGUCUUAAAAGAAUCAGACCCCAAUCCAACUCCUGCUCAUGUAACUUUCUUAAACCUUGGCCUAGACAAAUGGGUUGUUGAUACUUGCAAGGAGCUGGGCAUGAAGCAGCCCACUCCGGUCCAACGUCACUGCAUUCCCAAAAUACUAGCUGGGCAGGAUGUCUUGGGCCUGGCCCAGACAGGAAGUGGCAAAACAGCAGCUUUUGCUCUGCCCAUUCUUCAACGUCUCUCCAAGGAUCCAUACGGGGUCUUUGCUCUGGUGUUGACUCCGACCCGAGAGCUUGCAUACCAGUUGGCCGAGCAAUUUCGAGCUUUCGGGGCAGGUGUGAACCUGCGAUGCACUGUGAUUGUGGGUGGCAUGGACAUGAUAAACCAGGCACAGACUCUAAUGCAGAGGCCACAUGUGGUGAUUGCCACUCCUGGCAGGAUUAAGGUUCUUAUCGAAGAGAAUCCUGAUAUUUCUUCUGUUUUCUCGAAAACCAAGUUUUUAGUUUUGGAUGAAGCAGACAGAGUUCUUGAUGUUGGCUUUGAAAGAGAUUUAAGAGUUAUCUUCCAAUGCUUUCCCAAGAAUCGACAAACUUUACUAUUUUCUGCUACCAUGACAAGUAAUUUACAAACAGUGCUCGAGCUUUCUGCAAAUAAGGCAUAUUUCUAUGAGGCUUACGAAGGCUUUAAGACAGUAGAGUCUCUGAAGCAGCAAUAUCUUUUUAUCCCCAGAAAUGUGAAGGAUGUAUAUCUUCUGCACGUUCUGACCAAAAUGGAAGAAAUGGAGAUUCGAUCUGCUAUAAUUUUUGUUUCUACCUGCAGGAGUUGCGAGCUCUUGUCUUUGUUGCUGGAAGAACUCGAAGUGGAAGUUGCAGCAUUGCAUUCUUUCAAAUCCCAGUCUCUAAGGCUUUCUGCGUUGCAUAAAUUCAAAUCUGGUCAGGUCCCUGUAUUGCUAGCCACGGAUGUUGCCAGUCGCGGUUUAGAUAUUCCAACAGUCGAUCUGGUCAUAAACUAUGACAUACCUAAGUAUGCUCGGGAUUAUGUUCACCGUGUUGGGCGUACUGCAAGAGCAGGAAGAGGAGGCCUGGCUGUUAGCUUUGUCACCCAGAACGAGGUGGAUCUUAUACAUGAAAUAGAAGCUGUUAUUGGAAAGCAAUUGGACGAGUUUGAGUGUAAAGAAAAAGAAGUGCUGGAUAAUAAUAUUACACGGGUUUACAAAGCGAGGCGCGUAGCGACAAUGAAAAUGAUGGACGAGGGCUUCGAUGAGAAAGCCCAAGCCCGAAAAGCUCAGAAAUUGAAAACAUUAGCAGAAAAAGGCUUAUUGAAUAAGAAACGCAAAAAACGUAAAAGAGAAGUUAAAGAAGGAAAAAACUAA